AAACAGAGAAGCCUUUCUCUCUCUUUCUUAUUCUUUUGAGUUCUGAGAGAGAGCGCAUUAAAAGGAAACUAACUUGCUUAAAGCGAGAGAAGAAUUCAAUAUUAUCCAUGGAUUUAUUAGAGAAGCUUUGUUUUGUAAUCUUCGUGAUUUUAGUGGCUUGUUAUCCUUCUUCUGUAACAGCUGGUGACAUAGUGCAUGAUGAUGAUUUAGCUCCUAAAAAGCCUGGCUGUGAGAAUGAUUUUGUAUUGGUUAAAGUUCAAACUUGGGUCGAUGGAGUGGAGGAUGCUGAAUUUGUUGGUGUGGGUGCUAGAUUUGGCACUGCCAUUGUGUCAAAGGAGAAAAAUGCUAAUCAAACUCACCUCACGCUUUCUGAUCCUCGAGACUGUUGUACUGCGCCAAAGAAAAAGUUUGAGAGGGAUGUUAUCAUGGUUGAUCGAGGCCAGUGCAAAUUCACAACCAAAGCAAAUAAUGCAGAAGCUGCUGGUGCUUCGGCUGUUCUUAUCAUAAACAACCAAAAAGAGCUUUACAAGAUGGUUUGUGAGCCAGACGAAACUGAUCUUGACAUACACAUACCUGCUGUUAUGCUCCCACAAGAUGCUGGUGCAAGCUUGGAAAAAAUGCUAUCGAGUAAUGCGUCAGUGUCUGUGCAGCUGUACUCCCCUCGGCGGCCACUGGUUGAUAUAGCCGAAGUAUUUUUGUGGUUGAUGGCAGUUGUUACCAUCCUGUGUGCAUCUUACUGGUCUGCAUGGAGUGCCAGAGAGGCAGCUAUUGAACAGGACAAGCUAUUGAAGGAUGCUGUGGAUGAAAUACCAAAUGACAAGGUUGUACGUGGUGGUAGUAUCGUAGACAUCAACACAGCAUCAGCUGUCCUGUUUGUUGUUGUUGCUUCAUGCUUUUUGGUCAUGCUUUACAAACUUAUGUCAUACUGGUUCGUUGAGCUUUUGGUGGUCCUUUUUUGCAUAGGUGGAGUAGAGGGCUUGCAAACCUGCCUGGUUGCAUUAUUAUCAAGGUGGUUCAAGCAUGCUGGAGAAUCAUACAUUAAAAUACCCUUCUUUGGAGCUCUCUCAUACCUAACGUUGGCUGUUUCUCCAUUCUGCUUAGCAUUUGCUGUUGUUUGGGCUGUCUAUCGCAAUGUCUCCUUUUCCUGGAUAGGCCAAGAUAUACUAGGAAUUGCACUGAUAAUCACGGUUCUGCAAAUUGUGCAUGUACCUAACCUCAAGGUGGGUACAGUUCUUCUCAGUUGUGCAUUCUUGUACGACAUCUUUUGGGUGUUUGUUUCUAAGAAGUUGUUCCAUGAAAGUGUCAUGAUUGUAGUUGCCCGUGGUGAUAGAAGUGGAGAGGAUGGUAUCCCCAUGCUGUUAAAGAUCCCACGCAUGUUUGAUCCUUGGGGCGGUUACAGUAUUAUAGGAUUUGGUGACAUUCUUUUACCUGGAUUGUUGAUAGCAUUUUCUCUUAGGUAUGAUUGGUUGGCAAAUAAGAGUCUUCGAGCUGGAUACUUCUUGUGGGCAAUGAUUGCUUAUGGAUUAGGUCUUCUCAUCACAUAUGUGGCACUGAACUUGAUGGACGGGCAUGGCCAACCAGCUCUGCUCUACAUAGUCCCCUUCACUCUAGGAACUUUUCUGACACUGGGAAAGAAAAGAGGCGAUCUCUACGUCUUAUGGACACGAGGGGAACCAGAAAGACCUUGCCCCCAUAUCCAUCUCGAACACUGUCAUGAACUGAACUUGGAAAAAUAAGAUUUCUUGUAAAUUAGAUCUGUAGUUUAUUAAUCUUCUGCCGGGAAGCUGGAUUUAAAAAAUAAAGAAAGGAAGAAGAAGAAGAAAAGCCAAGCUUGUCAAAGCUUAAUUAAUUAGCAUAACAUGCAUGGAAAUGUGUGUAUGUAUGUAUGUAAUGGAAUCUGCAUGGCCUAUUACCAAUUAACAAGAGUGAAAAAGUAUUUUUCCCAAAAACAUGGAUCUCUUUAUAGUUAUGUAUGUAAGUAGUGUUAGCUGAGGAAAUUAAAUGUCUGAAGGGUACACGACUGCUUUGUAAUGUUUAUUUAUGUUGUGUCCUAACCUGAGAGAAGAAAUGUCUUGUUGCAAGUAUAUGAUAAUUAUAAUAAGCUUACAGUGAAA